ACGCUACUUCCGCAUUACCGGUAAAGCAGCAAACGAAAGUGAUGUGUUCUGUGUCAUGCGAUUCAAAUUGUGUCACGUUUUUCUCCGUGUCAGUCGCUAAUCAAAGAUGUCUAAGCCGAAAUUAAUAGUGUUCGACCUCGAUUACACCCUCUGGCCUUUCUGGGUCGACAGUGUUGAUUCACCUUUUCACAUCGAUGACAGCGGCACGGUGCGGGAUUCAAGAUUUGCCAAGAUUCCCAUUUAUCAAGAUACUGAAAAGAUCCUGAGCUCACUGCAUAGUCAGGGGAUCAAGAUAGGCAUUGCAUCGCGAACUACCGAGACUGAAGGAGCCAAUCAGCUGCUGUCACUCUAUAAACUUGACCAAUACCUUUCCUUCAAGGAGAUCUACCCCGGUUCAAAGGUCACUCAUUUUAAAAGGCUGAAAGCUGACAGUGGUGUCCAGUUUUCUGACAUGAUCUUCUUUGAUGAUGAGGAUAGGAACAUUGUGGAGGUUGGCAGGCUGGGUGUUCACUGCGUGAUGGUUGAUAAUGCCAUCACCUGGGAUCUAGUCAAGAAAACACUUGAGCAGUUCAGCAAGAAGCAGUGAAGGCGUCUGGUCCUGUGGAGAUGCAGCUGCUGCGAUUGAAGAAGAAUCCAUGUAUAGAGGACUAGGAGUGUCAUGUUUAGUGGUUAUUUCUGUGUAAUCAACUGAUUGACAAAAGCAAUUGGCAAAUACUUGAAAUUCUGUUUUAACAUUUAAAUAGUUUUUUUAGCUCCAUUUUAAAACAUAAUUUUUUUUUGUUAAGUUGAGAUGCAGUUUAUUUAUAUUUUUAUUUUUCAAUGUAUAAAUUAGUAAUUCAUUUCUUUAAGCGAAACUUUCAUAGAAAUGCACUUUUGCUUAUUUUUAUCUAAAAAAACACUUUAAGUUAAACAGAACUGUACAUGCAGCAUUAUAACAAAUUAUAAUACAAAAAAGGUAAAUGUUUUAAUUAUUACUGUAUGUGAAAUUUACAGAUUUUCUAUACAGAGAAUUCAACAAAAAAUAUUUGUAUACAGUAUUUAUAAAACACGUCUUCAAUUUUU